AUGUCCACUCUCAGCAUAGGAGAAGCUUUGUUGCGGAUCGUGUCGGCCAUUCUCCUGUCCGGGAAUCGGUGGUCUUGGGAGCCGAACCCUUUCCCCUGGUCCGGCGAACUCUCCAUCGAUCUUCUGGCGAAUUCCGACGGGUCUCUUCCAUCAUACACCGAGCUUUCACCACACAAGUUCAUCGUCAUUCCCGCAGAGUCCCCCAGAGGACUUCCUGCCAGGCUACCGUCCACUGCAACAACCGUCAAGCUGGAGGUGUUCAUCCACAAUCUUCCCCGCGACCUCACCGAAGAUGGGUUGACUACUCACCUCCAGCCGUUUCUGACCAAGCUGGGCAUCCUCGAUUACCUCUGCGAGAAGCCGAAGAAGAAGACGUUUGGGCAUGUGACCUUUCUGAGCCAUUCAGACGGGACGCGGUUUCUCGCCGUCCAUGGAGAGGAGACACUGCCGGAGAACUCGCGCGGGCGUCCAGCUCUAAGAUCUCGACUGAAACUGAUGGGAGUUGGCGUAUACUGCAAGCUCAGUGUGCGACAGCCGCAGAAGUUCACGCUGAAGAGCCUCCAGCUCACCGCCGAGGAGCGAAAGAACCCGACUCGCGAGACCGAGGAGGAAGGGAGGCCCACGUCGUUCACUCUGCGGUCCUUCAGCUGUGGAUAUUGUAUGUAUGUCGGCGCAGAUUUGGCCUACGUACCCGAGGUGCAAUGGCCAGACCAGGGCUUUCUGCGGUUCAGCAGGCGGAAUUUGGUGGUGAAGCUGGGCAGCCAGACUCUCAUUCGAAUCCCGCUCAACACCGUCAUCCAUCUGGUCUGGUCGCCGAGAGGCUCACUCAAUCUCACCCUCUCUACCGUCCCCAUCUUCAGUGGUAACGAUGGCGAUCCCUUGAGCCAGGCCUUGCAGAGUCUUGCGAUUGAUUUCAAAGGUGCCCGGUUUUUCCGCUUUCCGGAGAUCAAAAAGUCCCGGCUCUGUUCUCUCUCGGAGAGUCAUGCGCAGGUAGUCGGGCAAUGUCUCGUUUAUCAUUUCGAUGUUGUCCCCACCGAUAUGUACCGCCAAAUCGAUGAGCUGAAGGAACGAGAGAUCACAAUCAUGAGAUACGAGCUGGUCUCUCUCAGUCGGUCGGCAGGAAUGUUUGCGUUUCAUAUGAGGGUGCUGAUGAAAGAACUGUCAGAUUAUACCGUCGAUAAUUCCCUUCCCUUUGAGAUCUUGUUUCAACUACAGUCUCUGGCUUAUAAUUCGUAUCUUCAUCCCACCGGGGUCCUCAACCUAGCAAGGGAGCUGCGCAGUAUUUUCAAGGCUCGCAAGCUGGCCAAAAAGAAGCCAAUCUCUGUUGAUGCGAUGAAGAAAUUUCUCGACACUAUUGAUUGGCCAUCCCCUCAUGGGGAUCCGAAAGAUUUCGAAACCGCUCAGUUGGUCAAAACCUUGGAAGAUAUCGAAGACGAUAUCCAGAACGGCCUCGUCUACAGAAAAGGACUCUCCGAUGCACCUCCGAACCUGGCUAGAGUCCAUCGAGCCAUGGUCUCGCCCACGCGAAUCACUCUACAUGGACCGGAGUUGGAACCUAACAAUCGAAUUCUGCGCAAGUUUCCCAAGCAUCGCGAGUAUUUCCUUCGCGUACAGUUCUGCGACGAGAAUGGACAGGACUUGCACUUCAACCCAAAACUUAACCAUGAAGGAGUCUUCGUGCGGUUUAAGGAUAUUCUGAAAAGCGGAAUACAGAUUGCUGGUCGGACUUACAAGUUCCUGGGGUUUUCGCACUCGUCUUUGCGAUCUCACUCCGUUUGGGCAAGUAUCUUUUUUUCUAUCUACUCUUUUUCCUCCCCGUUCUUCGAGGGCGGCGCCAUGCAGACGUACUUCACAAUCAUCAAAGCUCUCGGCAACUUCUCACACAUCACGUCUCCGGCGCGGUGUGCAGCCAGAAUCGGUCAAGCCUUUUCUGAGACUCCAUUUGCUCUUGCAUUGAAGGAGAAUAGUGUCACGGUUGUGAAUAUACCGGAUAUAAAAUCCGCUGAUGGUUCUCGUGUCUUUAGCGACGGGGUGGGAACCAUUUCUUGGGAUGUGGUGGAAAAGAUCUGGGCAAGUCUCCCACGACGAAAGGGCUCGCCCACGUCCUUUCAAAUUCGGAUGGGUGGUGCAAAAGGCAUGCUUGCCCUGGACCCCCGACUGGCUGGCUCAGUCAUCCAGGUCCGACCGUCCAUGGUCAAAUUUGAAAGCGACGAUAUGGGAAAUCUGGAAAUCUGCGACAUGGCGUCGAAACCCAUCCCACUUGUCCUCAACCGUCAAGUAAUCAAGAUUAUGGAGGACAUGGGCGUUCCGGAGGCCUGGUUCAGCAGAUUGCAGUCUACAGAAGUCAGGCGUUUGAGACAGGUCACUGCCAAUACCGGAAACACGGCCAAGUUCCUAAAGGAGCAGAACACAGGGGACUCGAUCAAACUUCACAAGCUGUUUCGCCUGUGCGAGAAAUUGCGCCUGGACUACAAGAUGGACGCCUUUCUCCGCUCUGUCGUCCAAGCGGUGAUUCUGCGGGAACUACGUCUGCUCAAACACAAGGCCCGCAUCCCAGUGGAAAAGGGUAUGACUCUCUUUGGUAUCCUGGACGAAACCGGCUUCCUCAAGGAAAAUCAGGUCUAUGUCGCGACCGACCGAUACAUACAGCCCCCUGGACCGGGCAAGGUCCUUGUCACUCGCUCCCCCGCUCUGUAUGAUGGGGAUGUUCAAAUCGCGGAGCAUGUCGUCCCUCCUUGGAACCACCCACUGAGGCAACAUACGAGUUGCAUAAUAUUCAGCAGACAAGGCAAGCGUGACCUCCCAAGCCAGCUGAGUGGUGGAGAUCUGGAUGGAGAUCUAUACAACGUGAUAUGGGACCAGGAUGCCAUGCCCCCGCAAAUUCAAACGUUCUUGCCUGCCGAUUACCCUCGCGUCGAACCCCUUAACAUCGGACGCGCUGUGACUGUCGAUGACAUGGCUGGGUUCUUCGUGGACUUCAUGAAGACAGAUCACCUUGGGGUGAUCGCCAUCCGUCAUAUGAUUCUCGCGGAUCAGAAUGAAGAGGGAACGCGCCAUCCAGACUGCAAGAAGCUCGCAGAGCUACAUUCCACCGCAGUGGAUUUUUCAAAGACUGGAAUCCCCGUGAUGAUGGAGCAUCUCCCCAAGGCAAACGCCUAUAGACCCGACUUUUUGGCACCUGGGCCGCAAACACGACUCUAUGAUAAAUCCGAAAUUGCGCUCGAUCCCCUUGUCUUACCGGCUACAUAUAAUGAGGACGAGGACGACAUUGCCCCGCCGCGGAAGUACUACCGGUCUGAAAAGAUACUGGGCAAACUGUACCGAGCCAUAGACGAACAGAGGAUCUGGGCCAAUGAUAUCCGACGUCAACCGAUGCCCUAUGCGCGUCCCUUUUGGGAAGAAUUCCUCCGUGAUUCAAUGAGACGAUGUCUUUCCUUAGGCCCCAUCAUAUGGAGCCACCGCUGCGAGGAAGCCAGACACAUUCAAUCAGCAUACGAAGACGCAAUCAUCUCCGCGAUGAAUGAGUACUCAGACCAUCCGAUCAACCCAAUCAGCGAGCUGGAGGUCUUCAUCGGCUUCAUCAUCAACAAGACAGGCGUGCAGACUCACCGACAGCGAGACCGAUCAAUCCGACUGAGCGAGGAAUUCGAACGCAUUUCGGCCUGGAUUGUUUCGCAGAUGCGCAGAUCCCGUGGCGAUACCGCCUCCGUGUUGAGUUAUAGCGGGGAAUUCGACGCCCUCGAGCUUUGUCUGGCCUGCGUGCAUGUCGGGGUGCAGCAGGACCAGGGUACCUCGUUUCGCCGGCGCAGAGACGUGUACGGGGACAUCAAGAGCUUCAAGGUGGUUGCUGCCUGUGCCCUUCUGGCCGAGUUGGAUGAUAUCGAGAAAGAGCGAGAAGGCGGGGGCUAUAUCGGCGUGAUGUCCAGAGUACGGGGGUAGGAUAGUACUGGUAUCUAAUGAUCAUUUCCUUUAUCUAGGCUGUAUGCGCCUUUAUCUGGGUUGCUUCGAGCUCACUUAUAUUCUAUUCCAUGGGAUGAGAAUGACAACUUGACAUUAUUCAUUAUUUAGGUAGGAGUGGUAAAACUGUGGCAUGUUUUUCAAAACAAUUUGCCUCGUUCCAUACCAUCUCAAAAGCGUUUCCAUAAAGCCUAGGGACCCAGAAAAAAGACUGCACUCGGCCCUUGACGUCGGCCCAGUCACGGCCGCACAGAUCCAUGGAUAAUCCGAGCGACUGAAUAGACGACAGGUACCAGUUCUUGAGAGGAGGGUUGUUGGAUGUUGAGCAUCCUGCUAAGAGCAAGACCCAUAACUGAAAGUUGUUAAAGCCGUCAUCAUUACAAUAGAUAUGCUCAU